UUUUUCUGUUUUUGAAAAUGGUUGUGUAGAGCAUACCAGGAUAUAAACCACGGGCCUCGCCCACUACAAAACGGAUGUGCUGAGGGCAUUCUUCCAUUUUACAAGCCAGGUAGAAUGCCGUGGUGAGAACCAAAUAAGGAUUGGUCUGGCGAAUCUCAUUCUUGGUGUAGAACCGUUUCAGAUAUACCUGGGCGGUAGCAAUGGCCUGUUGGCGGGUGGACAUGCGCUUGCCGAGUUUGAUGAGUUCUAGAGCGAGUCAGUGAACCAGCUCUGGACUCAACAGAGAGCCCAUACUCACGCUGAUUGAAGUAAAUGUUCAAUAACCGCUGGUCUGGUAAUGGAAACUGGGAAUGUGUGACCUUAUCUCGUUCUCGAAGUCUUUCCCGAACUUCGGCCAAUUUCUCCCGAGUGAAAAGCCAGUGACGACGCUGGGUCGAGGCCCAGUAGUUGGCAGCCAUAGUAGAAGAACUAUGGAAGGAGUAGAAAUGAAUAACACGCAAUUCACCCGCAAUGAAGCGGGCUGUAUAGAUCGGACCUCGGACUUCGCAGUUCGAUAAGGCCAGCAGGAUGGGCCCAAAGAGGUUAGUAGGGCCCAGCCCUGGUCCCGUGCCCGCCCGGCGAUGAUGGCGUCAAGCAUUCUCCAGCAAUCCCAGCAAUGACCGGCCGCGCAUUAUUCAUUGAUCCUUGAGAUCGAUCUUAACCCCACACGUUAAGGCUCACUCUUCACUUGGAUGCUCCCGACCUCAGAUCUUCAGACUCCGCCCCUUUGGGAGUCCUUUUCACUUUCCUUCUCCUGCCUUCAAUCCAAAACCCUGGUCAUGCUCCCUUGAAUAAUGCCGGGUGCUCGAUAACAAUUUUCCUUCGAACAUGGCGCCCGGCGAGUCCAAAGAUGAGCGCGACGAACGAGUCGCUCGGCUCUGGGAAUCCCUGGACGCGCGCAAAGAGGGUCAUAUCGACUUGACUGGUCUAAAGAAAGGCCUUAAAAAGAUCGACCACCCUCUGAAAAAUGCCGAUGAGAUGCUGCGCAACAUCCUGCAUGAUGUCGAUACCAACGGUGAUGGCCAGAUAGACUACAAUGAGUUCCGAACGUUCAUCGAGCACACCGAGUCCGGGUUAUGGCAGAUGUUCCAAGCCAUCGAUCGCAACCAUAAUGGGGAAAUAGAUAAAACAGAGCUACGAAGCGCCUUUGCACAGUCCGGCGUCACCGUAUCGAGCGCGAAGCUUGAUAAUUUCUUUGCCGAGAUGGACAAAAACAAUGACGGGGUAUUAUCUUACGCGGAAUGGAGGGACUUCCUUCUUUUCCUACCGCUACAUUCCACGUCCGACCUACGCGCCGUUUUGUCAUACUACACGGCGACGGGCAAUCUAAACCCGGAAGGAGAUGUCCACAUCAAUGAUCUGCAGGGUUUAGGUACAGACCACAUAUUUCUUAAUCGUUCUCUUUUGGCCCUCCAGCGCCUCUUGUACAAUAUCCUCUCUUUGCCUGCGCUGGCCUCUCUCCUUCCUUCAGCCCUCGCGCAAACCAUCACCAGCCCGGCUACAACGUCGACCACUGCUUUCGGGAGUGAAUAUACCUCGUUAGACGGUGACUUUGAGCUGGAGUGGCUGCCCAUCCCCAAGACUGUCGCCAUGUGGAUGUCCUUCCGCUAUUAUGAACGCAAGUUGACCGAGAAUACCCCUCAACUAGGCUAUUUUAUUGCGGGCGGUAUCGCAGGCGUCAUCUCGAGGACGGCCACUGCCCCUCUUGACCGCCUCAAAGUCUAUCUCAUCGCCCAGACGGGGACAAAACACACGGCGAUUCGUGCGGCGAAGGACGGCGCUCCCUUGGCGGCGGCAGGCAAAGCAUCGAAAUCCUUGGCAGUUGCGCUGCAGGAGCUUUGGCGGGCUGGCGGUAUCCGAAGCUUGUUUGCCGGCAACGGGUUGAAUGUCUUGAAGGUGAUGCCAGAGUCUGCGAUCAAGUUUGGAGCUUACGAGUCGGCCAAACAAGCACUCGCUCGGUUCGAAGGACAUAACGACCCCAAACAACUUCGGCCCACAUCACAGUUCUUAUCGGGUGGUAUUGGUGGGAUGGUAGCCCAAUGCUUCGUUUAUCCUCUUGACACAUUGAAAUUCCGGAUGCAGUGCUCAACUGUCGAAGGCGGCUUGAGAGGAAACAAGCUCAUCAUAGCCACGGCCAAGAAAGUGGUAAACGCCAAUGGGAUCUUUGGUUUCUUCCGUGGCCUGCCACUUGGCCUCAUUGGAAUGUUUCCAUACGCGGCGAUUGACCUGACCACUUUCGAAUACCUAAAACGAGCCCUCGUCUCUCGCCAAGCUUGCAUCGAUCAUUGUCACGAGGAUGACGUGACUCUGAACAACUUCUGGACCGGAACUAUUGGUGCUAUCAGCGGCGGUUUUAGUGCCUCGGUCGUCUACCCUCUCAACGUGAUGCGGACUAGGCUUCAAGCUCAGGGCACCGUCCUCCACCCAACAACCUACUCCAGCAUCACCGACGUCGCCCGCAAAACUCUCCAGACCGAAGGACCGCGCGGGUUCUAUAAGGGUCUCACCCCCAACCUUCUUAAGGUGGCACCGGCCGUGUCCAUCAGCUACGUGGUCUACGAGAACUCGAAGCGGAUGCUCGGCUUGAAAUAAACGUGAGACCCUUGUACCAACCCGCGAAAGCUACCUUCGCCUUCACCUUCAUCUCUUUUCUUCCACCUCCCGCCGCCCGUGACCUGUUAAACCUUUUCGAUUUUCAUUGUCCCUUUUAGAGCCAUUUCCAGCCCAAGAUACCCGCAAAAUAGGUCACUAAAUAAUGGUACAGCUUGUUUCUGUUCCAAAUUGGUUAUACUUUAUCCUCAGCUCAAAUAUGUGGCACAAAUCACGGCCACAUCACUUGCAUCCAGUUCUGGCUUCACCUCGUUUGCGUUGCAUUUUUCUCAUUUGUGAGACAUCUUCCACUUGACAGGUGCUUUGCUACAGAGCCAAACUGGGGAGUUCACCACACUCCCACACAAUACGUUCAAACAUAAGCAUGGCAAGGCGUCGAGGCAUGUGAAUAUUUCCAUGCAUUAUCACUGGGUCUUUUCUUCGUUUAUUUCUUUUCUUUUUCCUGUGAAUAUUGUGAAAUACUACAUUUCUUUCCUGGACAUCCUGCCGACUAGAUACAGUCUUGAGGGUGUUAGAGAUGUUGGAUAGAGGCUAUAUGACGGUAUAUUCAAUUUAAUUUGCAUUUCACAUAGUCUCCAUAUUCAAUAAAUGUGCAAUACCAGAGAUCAAAUGCUUGCAUUGAAAACUCCUAUCCAGAGAUUGGACUUUAUAUUAUUUAGUCGCCCACCUUCUCACUUCGCAGCCUGUACGGCCUUCACCUCCUCAUCCUUGGGCAGAACAUUCGGCAGCGGUCCCACGGGGGUAAUCGCAAACUGAUUGAUCUGCUUAUGAGACUUGGUAUAGUGCUUCUUAAUAUGCUCAAAGUCCGUCGUAUCCUUGAACGCAGGCAAAUCCCAGUACAGCCCACGCACCCAGCGGUGAAUAGCCGGGAACCCAGACCGAAUAUCACGGAUAUUGCACUUGAAGUGCUGCACGUACACCGGGUCAAACCGGAUGAUCGUCGUGAACAGCCGGAUAUCAGCCUCGGUGACGGUUUCGCCGAAGAAGUAGGGCGAGACAGAAGCCUGCUUGGCGAGGUGUGCUUCGAUCUUGUCCAGAGAGGAGAAGAGGGUUGCUACGGCUUUCUCGUAGGCUUCUUGGGUGGUUGCGAAACCGGACUUGUAGACGCCGUUGUUGACGUCGUUGUAGAUCCAUUCGUUGGAGGUGUCGAUUUCGGAGCGGAGGGCCGAGGGGUACAAGUCGAUUUUCUUGUAUUCCUCCGGUAGGAUGUCGUCGAAUUCGUAGUAGAACAUGCGAAUGAUUUCCGCG